UGAAUCAAUGAAGAAAUGAGGGCCCGAUUGCCUCAGCAAUAAGUAGCGAUACAAGCGGUAUUGAUCUCCAUUCCAACGUAGUUCAAACAACGGUGCCCUGUCUCGGCUAGCAUUGCUUGAGCCGAACGAUUCAUGCGCCCCGAUAUUACUCUGGAUAUAGAGAAAGAAAACCAAGAAGAGACUGGCUCUUGGCUGGGAUCCGAGUCCCACGAAGCCCUAUAAGAUAGGUGCGGGCGCUGAUAAGAUAAGCGGGCGUAAGAUAAGGCUCGAUCCGGGGGCUUUCUAGCAGGGUGCGGGGCUGCGGUUAGUACUUUCCACAUAACCACCUGGAACAGGCAGCAGGUAAGCCACCUGAAGCAGGUUAACAACGGUACGACCCAUCGCCAGCCCAGCUUGUGUGCUGGUUGACGACGGCGACGACCAUGAUGAUGGGGGGUGAUGACGAUGAUGAUGAGAAUGAUGGAGAGAUGAUAGUAGUUGUCAACAGUGAGUGAGCCGCAACAAUACCGCGCAAGCAGCACCGCUAAUGGGUGAGGUAGUAUGUAGCCGUGCCUGAAGCAGAACCGACGCCCAACCCGCUAUCCGCUUCCAGAGUCCGAGAGCACCGAGUACCGUGAUACGCCAUUUUGUACGAUAAGGUGUUCGGUGCAGGUCACCAGCAGCAAGAGAGUGGAGCAAAGGGUGAUUAUGUGACAGGCGAGUGGCACGCCCACUACCCCCUCCCCCUCCCCUUCCAUAAAGGAUUCUCCCCCGCCCGAUCAAAUAACAACUAACCGGAGCACAUACACGCACGCGCGGUUGCAAAUCAACCGGCAGGAUGGAAGCGUUCAUCUGCGAGAUAGUGGAACCGCGCGUGCUCGACCUGAUCGUACUGAUACUACCCAAGUGGAGGCUGCUGCUCUACAUCUUCCUCAUGAAUAUGGUCAUCUUCACGCCGGUGUAUGCGUUCGGUGUGCUACUGAUCAGUGAUGCCGACCUGACGUUGAUCUGCCCGUCUGCCAUGCUGUACGGCUGCAACCUGGUACUCCGGGCCCUGUUCCGUCGGCACAACGGUGGCAAUACGCGCACCCUGCUGCUCGGUGUGGCCGUGCUGUGCGCGGGAAUCUCAGCUAGCGGCCUGGCGGCCCUGUAUGCAGCCACCCCGGUCCCGGUCGUCCUGCUCCUGUACAGUGUCGUCGGUGGCUUCGGCUACCAGCUGGUGUUCUCCAAGAUGUGGAAGGUGCUGGCCAAGGCGUUCAGCGCACGGAAGGAGAUGUUCGUAAUCAAGUUCUUGCAUUCGUGCGGGCAGGCGUGCAGCCUACUGCUGUUGUUAGCGGUCCUGCACGUACCGUGGUGGUGCCGGGAGUGCGUAUACGGUGCGCUGUUGCUAGUGCUGGCCGGGCUCGUCCUGCACCUGGUGCCGCUAGCGCUGCUCAUCGAGUACGAGAAGAACCGGCUGAAGCUUGAUCUUGACUCGUUAGUGCAGAUGACCGAGAAAGGCACCGAACGGUACUAUGGCCGCGUUGCCGGUGUCCGGACUAGUGCACCACAGCCAUCCCAGGUGCCAGAGCAACAGCAACUGCAGCCGCCAUGCGAGCUGUUGCUGGUGCCGAAGCGGUUCGAGCCCGAUUCUUUGGGUGCUUCAUGGAAAAACCCGGCCACUUUCGCAGCUCCAACCGGGCAGCAACGAUCACCAUCGGACGCCCAGGGCUCGACAAUGCCACUGGCCAACGACGACAAGGAGGACAACGGCAAUGAUGACAAUGAGAGCGAUAGUGAUGACGAUGGACAGCAGCUUUAUGCACGGGAUGGCAAGUGGUUCAAUCAGGAUGGCGUCGAAAUACUGGAGAUGAUUCUUGAGGAGGACGAGGAAAGUUUACGGCCCGAUGGAAGCGAGCUUGAGCAUGGCGAAGAUGUACCGACCGGAGCUGCCGGAGAGACUGGGGAGCGCACGCCGCCGUUAUCCAACACUGUUACCGGCAAGUGGAACUGUCUGUUGAGCCAGCUGCUGCGGUUAAGGUUGUGGUCACCGCCAUCCACCAGAUGCAGCGGCGGUGCCGACCAAUGUGGCGUGAACCGGCACCUGGUGCAUUCGGUGAAGUUAGCGCUGGUCGACCUGCGCUGCUACGGCUGCCUGCUGCUCCGGGCCACUGAUACCUGCCUGUUCGUGCUGUUCCUCGCCAUACUGCCCCGCUAUACAGAACACCAGCAGCAGCAGCCCGACGGCACAUCGGUCCGCCUGUUGACGAUUCGGGCGCUCGGUGUGAUAGCGACAGCAUGGGUCGCGUGUUCGCUCCUCCUACUCUGCUGCGACGUCCGAUUCCGGAAGCUGCAGGACCGGCUGCUCAUCUUCGGCAUCCUCUUCAAAUCAUUCGGCUACUUCUGCGUAUACGCGAGCCUCCGCUCCUCCUUCUGGAUGGUGGCCGGGUGCGUGCUCGUCGGGUUCGGCCACUCCAUCGCCUGCGCGUACCAGGAUCUCGUCAUCAAGCGACAGUUUAGCACGGCGCAGUGGCACACAGUCAAGUCCGGACUCUGCCUGCUGACCGGACUGGCCGUAGUACUGCUAGCCGGCACCGCCAAUUUGCUCUACCAGCAUGUCCGGAUCGACCAUCUCCUGCUAGCGCUCCUGCUUGUUUACUGUGCGGCAGGGGUCUUUUGGUUCGCGUGCAACUGUCGGACCUUCUCUAGCUGAUCAUCGCCAUCACCAUCGCCAUUUAUUACGAGCAUUCCUGAUGUUGUUAUUGUUACACAAUACAGGUUCUACAGUAUUACGGUUCCAAACGAACACGGAUUCUGUCAUUGUAGACCAAUGCCUUUUUAAUGAAACCAUUGUUUUUCUCCUUGCUCGAUCUCCGUGUCAUGUAGCUCAUCAUUCCCACUUUUUUGGUGCUCUGCUCUAUGUGUCAUUGGGUACUACCAUCUCUCUGUUCCGGUACUCCGAAUGUAUGACCACGCCGGAACCAAACCAGGGAACCAAUUCUGGAAUGUUUAGUUUAGUUUGUCUUUAUUGUAGCAUAUGAGUGUUUUGUUUUUUUAAUUCACUUAAUGAGUUAUUCCCCUCCCCUCUCCCUCCCUCCCU